AUGGCUCUAAAUAAACUCAGUAUUGAUGCCCUGAACUUGGCUGGCAAGCGCGUGUUGAUGCGAGUGGAUUUCAACGUCCCCUUGAAGGAUGGAGUCAUUACCAAUAAUCAGCGCAUCGUCGCAGCAUUGGAUUCUGUUAAAUAUGCGUUGGACAAGGGUGCAAAAUCGGUUGUCCUUAUGUCACAUCUGGGCAGGCCCGAUGGUCAGGCAAACCUUAAGUACACCCUAAAGCCGGUCGCUGAGGAGCUCAAGAAACUGUUGAACAAAGAUGUGACGUUCCUUCCCGACUGUGUGGGUGCUGAAGUAGAAGCCGCCUGUGCUGACCCAACUCCUGGAUCUGUUAUCUUGCUGGAGAACCUCCGUUUCCACAUCGAAGAGGAGGGCAAGGGUAUUGACGCGUCUGGUGCGAAGGCUAAAGCUGACCCCGAGAAGGUCAAGGCGUUCAGAGCAAGCCUGAGGAAGCUGGGUGAUGUUUACAUCAAUGAUGCCUUUGGUACCGCUCACAGGGCCCACAGCUCUAUGAUGGGAGAAGGUUUUGAACAAAGAGCCAGUGGCUUCUUACUAAAGAAAGAACUGCAAUACUUUGCUAAAGCUCUGCACGAACCAGAAAGGCCAUUCCUUGCUAUUCUGGGAGGUGCUAAAGUAGCUGACAAGAUUCAGUUGAUUGAGAAUUUGUUAGACAAAGUCAAUGAGAUGAUCAUUGGUGGUGGCAUGGCUUACACCUUCCUGAAGGAAACUCAGGGUAUGGCCAUUGGCAACUCCUUGUAUGAUGCGGAGGGUGCUAAAAUUGUCGGAAAGUUAUUGGAAAAGGCUGCCAAGAACAAUGUGAAAGUUCACUUACCUGUUGACUUUGUCACUGGUGACAAGUUCGAUGAGAAUGCACAGGUUGGUGCUGCCGAUAUUGCAAGUGGUAUCCCCGACGGUUGGCUCGGUCUCGACGUUGGUCCCAAAUCUCAAGCACUUUUCGCUGAACCCAUUGCGAGAGCGAAAGUUAUCGUAUGGAACGGACCUGCUGGAGUGUUCGAAUUUGAGAAGUUCGCUGGAGGCACCAGGGCUCUUAUGGAUGGUGUUGUGAAAGCGACUGCAAAUGGAACCAUCACCAUUAUUGGUGGAGGUGACACAGCGACGUGUUGCGCCAAGUGGGGAACUGAAGACAAAGUCUCUCAUGUCUCCACCGGUGGUGGCGCAUCCCUUGAACUGCUUGAGGGUAAAGUGUUGCCAGGAGUAGCAGCGCUGUCUGACGCAUAG